AAACUUCGAUCUAAAAAAUUCUCCCAACACAACAAAUCUAAUGGAGAAGUUAGCGAGAAGAUGGCGGAGAAGAACUCGCCGCGGCGACGACGACGACGACAACGACGAUGAUAAGUUCGUCCUUCCUACUUUCGACGACAUCGAUUCUCGCCCUAUCGAUACUCAAGAGCAAGAAGAGUACGUACGAUCGCUCGAAGAAGCUCACGCUCAGCAAACUCGUCAAUGGAAAAGUGUGUUCGCGGUUCUUCUGAUUUGUUACGGAGCUUUCUUAUUCCACUCAAGUUUUCAGCAGCUCAUGUCACCAUGGGAGCUGCGGUAUCAUGCCUAUUUCGAGGAAGAUCUUAACUCAUGGAUGGUCAUUUCAGCUGAGUUGAUUGCUAUCAUGGCUUGCGGCCUCUCAAUUGUCGGGCUAGUAGAUAAGAAGAAUGAUCAUAGACGGUGGUUUUGGUACUCGUGUGUUCCUGGAUCUGCAUUGACCAUCUUCUGGCUUUAUUACUUACUGAGGCUUCCAAAGUUUCGGUGGGAUGUUAUCUGGCUUCCAUUUGGUCCCCUUUGCGGAGCUGGAACUUGUCUAUACGUGGACCAUCUACUGGAGGAAUCAUCUGAAGAAGUGAAAAAGCUAAGGAACUAUAUGUAUGCAUAUAAAGCCAGAAUGGUUUUCCUAGAUAAUCUCUCAUGAUUGAUGCAAACUAUAGAUUCCAUGUCUCAAAGGCAACAUGAAGCAGAUUUCAAGUCAUCAAAUGUUGUUCAGUCCUCUUCUUCGAUGACUUUAGUGCCAAGGCCAGAGAGACCUUAAGCAGGGAUCUCAGAAACAGUGACAGACCUCUUACCAAACGGUUCAAAACCAUUCUGAAAUAACAAUGAUGAUACACCAUCAAAAGUCUUUAAAAGUACCAAACUUUGUUAUCUUGCUGUGAGAAAGAAAAUGAUUUGGUUAACAUUAUGAAACUAAAAAAAGAAACUUGCAAACAAGUUCUCAGACUGAUAUUAUUAAAGAGCUAGCAUGAGUGUCAUGAUGCCUCAGCUUAAAUUUUUUUGUGUAUAUAAAUUAUACAGAGAUAGAAAAGAAACUAACUUCUGCUUCUAAUGUCGGCAUUGAGAUCGAUACUAAACAACCAGUUUACGAUUUUAAAAGUUUUUUCAACGUUCAAUGGAUGCAUCUGUUAGUGGGGAGGGUUUCUUUGUUUCUUCAAGGAUAGUAGCCAGUGAAAGUGGAGGGUAGUAGCCGGUGAUAGUGAAG